AGCGUCCGGUGUACGGAUGGUGUUAAAUGGGUGACUAUGAUAGUCAAGUUGACGAAGAACUUUUCAGAAGAAUCUUGCAGAUUGUCCACAAGGACGCAUCUGGCGAGCUACACAAGCUGCUCACUGAACUUGCCGCCACUCACGAACAUGGAACUAAUGGAUCCAAAUUGAUUAGCGAGGAUACUUUCUUCGUUCCAUUUGCAAAGCGUAAUCUCCUGCAUGUGGCAACUUACAACCAGGCAAGAAAAUGUGUACGAUUGCUGGUCAACCCACCGCAUUGCUGGGAUCCGGAUAAACUGGAUGGGCGUAAUCACAAUCCAAUGUAUUCGGCUGAACUACGUGAUGAUAUUGGUGUCCUUGUGGAGAUAGCACGGCAAUCCAAGGAACGGCGCGACAUACGUAGUCCGUCCGUAGACAAACCGAUUUACGGAGGCUUUCCAUCAACCGCUUUGGUUUGGCCACAGGAUCUUUGGGUCCAUCCACUGAGGCGUGAUGCUGUUAUUGGAGUUCGUCACGUUGGAAUAUCAGGGUCGGAACAUGACGCCACAGGUCACUACAUGUUCAGAACUCAAAUGAUCGGACCGUUAGUCGCGCUUGUGUUUGAGCUCUACAUUGCCAAUCCUUCCUUGUUUGCCUUCGAGUUUUGGACAGGGGAAGAAUCCGAUAACAAGCAGCGUUUAUUCUGGCCCGUCCCGUCAAACGAACCUGAUUUAAAGGAAGAAGUCAUCGAGCAUUCUUCGUGCGAAGAGUAUCCCCACUGUCUGUACCGGAUAUCAGUCAUAACAAGACAGCUGCAUUUACCAGAUCAAGAAAGGUUUGUCAUUCUGCGUAACCGAUGGGUUACUCAUACCCUUACAUCUUUGGAGACGUCGUCCAAAUCCUUGUCUAUGAGUCCACCCUCUCUGAUGCGGAAUUGUCGCAGUGUGGUCAGGAGGCUUCUCAUUAACCGAUGCAUUGAAAGAAAUGUACAGUUGAACUAUGUACAACUGGUACGGAGUUUACGGCAACCCCAAGCGAUCGAGCAAUUUCUACUCUAUCAAGAUAUCUGGGAUGUUCCGGACUGGGAACAAUAUUUAACCGACGGAGAAGGUGCCAACAUGCCUUAUGGGAUACGGCUGUUGACGAAACGAAUAGCUCUGGACACUGGGGAAACGGGCACACUGAUUGGUCAUCGGUUCAUCCCGGAUCACUAGUUCUAGUCCCGCUGUCCUCAGAACCUAUUUUCACACUUCAUUGACAUUUUGAAUAUAAAUGCAUUCUCU